ACGUGGAAUAUAUUAUUAACAACAACUGAGGUCUCUCAAAAAAAUGAAGAUUAGAAUUUAAAAAACGGAAAUUGUAUAUUUUUGUACACGGAUUAUUUACGUAAUACCUACAUUACUAUCACAAAAUUUUACAAAGGUAUGGACGCGUGGACCACGUUUGAGUGGUUGAGUGGUAAAUAUUUUCUUGCCGAAAAUAUCAGAAACGAACAAAUAUACAAUAUACAAUCGAAUAAUAUUAAUAUUAAUAACGUAAAUAUGAGUUUAUCAGUUGCGUAUUAUGCUGCAUUACCAUGGGGUUUGAACACGUUCUCUAUAGGGACUUUCCAUAACGUGAUUGUAAACAAUUUAGAAAAAGUCAUGAAUGCUUACGUUUACAUAUACGCGCUUAUCAUACAUUUGUACUUAAAACGUAAAGGUACGAGCAUCGGUUCUCAUGUUUUACAAAAAAUACGAAAUAGUGUUCUGUGGUAUAACGAAGGGACGAAAUUAUUUUACAAAUAUCUCCAUUUACCUUUAUUCACCGAUAAAGACCCUCAAAAUGAACCUCUAUUAGAUGAUAAUAUAAAGACUAUAAUUUAUAGAAUACAAAAUAUUGACGACAGCAAUUCUAUAAAUAUCAACGACGUCAUUCCUGAUUUCGAAAAAAACUAUUUUUUGGUAUGGGCCGAUACUAAUAUCUCCAACAACAAUCUUGGAAACAAACGAUUUAACACGUUUAUGAAUGGGAAUUGUAUGGACGCUAUGGAUUACAUGAGUACUUAUUUGUCGAUCGUUCAAAAGUCUAUGGACAUAAAUUUCGAAUUCCAGUCUGCUACCUCUAUGUACUCACAGUACUGCCCGGAAAAUAUAUUUGAUGUUGAAUCCGCCAAAAAGCCUAUGACAGUAGUUAGAGACAAAAAAGGAAAUACAAAAGCCUAUGAGAAGACUAAGAGCGUAGAUGGAGACAAGCAAAUAAAUAAUGAGGACGAUGAGAAGACUAUGAGCGAAGAUAAAGACGAGCAAAUAAGUACAAAGACCGGUUCCGAAAGUGUAGUCAUUGGUUCCAGUCCCCCUGAAAAUAAAUCAACGUUGAGAAAUCUUUUGAUGGGUUUCCUUAAACUUAUAUAGAAAAAUUUGUGUGAAUCUAGUGUUGAAUUUUUAUUAUGAAUUUAACAAAUGUAUAUUUAUUAUAUUUUUGAUAAAAAUUAUUCAUAUUUAAUUUGUCAUCUUAUUAAAUUUUUUUUUUGAGUUCAACCAUAUCAUCCUUAAAUAUAAUUUCAAUUUCAUAAAUUUAAUGAGCGAUAAAAAUAUAUAUUUUUUGCAAAGUAAAUGUAUAAUGCUACGGUUAUUUGUAAACGACUACAAAAUGUAAUGCACUUUUUUUGUUUAUUAAUUGAUGAUCUAGGAUUAAGAAAUAUAGUAUUAAGAAAUUUAUUUUUAAUUAUAUAUGUUUAAUUCUAGUUUUGAGUUUUAUUAUUUAUCAAAUAAAUUGCAUUUUAUUCACAAUACCAAUAAUUAUUUUAUUCUAUCCUACAAACGUAGUAACACGUGUUUUACUAUAGUCUUACGAUCAUUGUUUUUGUAUGUUUGUAAAAUGGAGUCGGCAAUUUUUUUUAAUUUGAUUUUUUUGAUGUAUUUUAUCAUU